UUUAUAGAUAAAUAUGUUAUGUUGUCGCUAAUUCUACUGCAACAACAAAAGUUUUGAGAUGUUGAAGAAAAAAAAGUUGUUGAGACAGAAUCUGGACUUUGUUCCUCCACAUAUGAGGCCAUCUUUGUAUCAGGCUCAAAGUUCAGGUCACACACAUUUUCAAUGAAACUAUCUGAAACCUGACUGACUGUGUCCAAACUGAGGAGCUUCAGUUUCAGAAUGAACCUCUGGGUUCGUCUCACUCCCUUGAUGCUCCUGCUGGGACUUUUCAGCCUAUGUGCUGUCAGUCAGCCGGCUGAGGACUCGGUACCACCACCACCACCACCACCAUCAGGUCAGAGCUCUAAUGGAUCACAGACACAGGAAGAGGACAGUGAGUGGGGAAUGAACUCCAUCAGAGACAGCUUUGAGGCCGUCAGUGGUUACUUCGACUCCGUGCUGGAGUUCAUGGGCGGACGUGACGGAGUGUGUCAGUACCGCUGUAGACACGGUAAAGCUCCACUUCCUCGGCCUGAAUACCAGAUGCCCGAACCCGACGGAUGUAGCUCCUACUUCUUUGGACUUCCAGUUCCAGAGGGGAUGGAUAUGGGCAUCCCUGCCAUGACCAAGUGCUGCAACCAGCUAGACAUGUGUUACGACACCUGCGGCUCCAACAAAUACCGCUGUGACUCCAAGUUCCGCUGGUGCCUUCACAGCAUCUGCUCUGACCUCAAGAAGAGCCUAGGCUUUGUGUCAAAGGUGGAAGCUUGUGAGACCGUUGCAGACACCUUGUUCAACACAGUCUGGACUCUCGGGUGCAGGCCCUACAUGAACAGCCAGAGGGCAGCAUGCUAUUGUCAGGGUGAGGAAAAAGAUGAACUUUAAAGCAAUUUUUACACUUAAAAGAACAGCAUCAAGUUGGGCAGCCUGCCUUCAGAUGGAGCUCCGAGUGGCAGUUGUUCAAUAGAAACUCGUGUGUGAAUAUUUCAGUAAUUUAUUGUCGAGUUUGCUGCAGGUUUUGUCCUUGCACACUGUGUUUCACUUUGCAUUAAAAUGUUUAUUAGCCAAUCACAACUAAAGUUGUCCAAAAGUAGAUGUUUGUUGUCGCAUCUCUGCAAAAAUGUUGAAAAUACUAUUUACAAGAGAGCUUGUUAUUUCAUAAAGGGGGAUGGAGUGUUAACAAAUGCCACGCUGCAACAUUUUCAGUGUGUUACAGUGUCAACCCAAUGACAAAUAAAUGUUAUUAAGACCCUUGUAA